AUGGCGACUGCGACGUCAAUUGAGGACUUGAGAGACGACCUGUUGGCUCGCGGGUGGGUUCUACAGCGCAAUCGGUCCCUGCCCCGUUACCGGUUUGUUGUUGGUAAAUCGCCAAAUGAUGCCUCUGAUGGCUACACUGAGAACCAGCAGCGCUUGCAGACCGAUGACGGCUAUCCAGAUGAUGUUGAGUAUCGUUUCUUCAUCGAGGUUGGACGUGCUUGGGAUAAAGGCAGCCAUCUCGAUGUCUGGGUCGAGGCAGGAGGGGGUCGUGAGCGAAACCGGGAACUGGUACGACCAGGCUGCUCAAAAUUAAAGCUUGAAUUAUUCUCGAGCUUCUCGAGCUCCUGGAGAAAGUCUGGUCAGUGA